UUGUGUGGCAGUUCAGGUCGUGUUGUUCCUCGCAAGCGGACGAGUGAGGCUGAUCGUCAACCCUCACGCCUAGUUCCCUGCAACCUUUAUGUCUAUUGUUUGCAACGUGUUUUGGUGAUUAGCAGUGUGUAAAGUGUCCUUGUAAUGUCAAGUGUGUAAAUACACUCACAAACACACACACACACACACACACGUGCUUGCAAACGCAAACACAUACACACACGCGUGCAUGGAGCGGAAGGCCCAAUUGUCUCGCCGUGAAAGAGACGGGCCCUGUGGCAGACUAUCAGGCAGGGUGGUGUUGGUAGCGGUGGUGGUAGUGGUUGUGGUGGUGUGUGUGGUGGUGACUGUGGUGGUCUGUCUCCCCAGCGCCUCGCCACACACUCACGAGGACUGUGGCGUCCCUACAGAAGAUGACUGUCUUGAGGAGAUGUUGCUGGGUUCCCCCAUGUGGGACGAGCCCCAGCUAUUGCAGGUGGUGAAGGAGGAGUUCCUGAGACCACCUGAGGCAGCCUCCCCCACGACACCUGUCUCGGAGGACCACCUGACUAAGGACGACCUGGAGAUUGUGCGGAAGGUGACAGCAAUGGUAGGAGAGGUGGAGUUUGUUGUGGCGGCGACGGGGGAGUCCCCAGCACUGGUGGGGACGCUGGGGAAGACGGGGCUGUGGCUCGACCCCAGACCAGAGGACCAGCCAGGUCAUUCUCCUGUCCCCCACCUCUGGUAUUCACACGCUUGCCUCUCCGAUACCGUCCCCUACCUAAACAAGCAGAAGCAGCAGUGUAUCAGCCUAGCGUCCCUACUGGUCGCCCUGGGGCGUCCCUCCGUCGACCUGGUCCUCGCUCACGCCCUCAAGCCCUCCAGUGUCUUCCACGCCCUGUGUACUCAGUACACCCAUCCUGUCAAGGCGGUGAUGAUGAAUCAGAUGAGUCUCCAAGACCUGCUCCUGGACCAGUACCGAGACUGUUUCGUCAAUCAGUACGGCCUCGGCAACAGUACCAUCAUCUUCCUCAAACAGUAGCCAAUAGUUCCUGGUCUAACAACAUCACUAUUGGUUCUCCCACUUCCUGAUUCUCAUGCUCUGCUCAUGCGUCACUUCGUGGUCUUGGCCGCUCUGGUGUUGGCUGUCUGCGUCCUGGCUCCGUCACACGCCCACCGUCCCUAUG